UGCUGAUGCACUAGACAUGCUCAGUCUGCUCGCUGCUGUCUCAUGCAGCUGCUGGCUACAGUCUGUUCUGGUGCUGUCUCGCUAUCAUGCUACCUUGCCCCUCCACCCCAGCUAUCAGUGAGGAACAGGAGCAGGGAGAAGAGAAUGAAACGGGGAAAAUGAAAGUGGAGUGCAAACGACUGGCUCGUGAGCGAGAUGAGGCUGAGAGGCAGCUGAAACAGAUCAAGCGAGUUUCACAGAUGGUUAUCGAGGAAGUGAACGCUCUGCACACACAGCUGGAGAUUGAGAAAUCUUGCCGAGAGAAUGCAGAAGUCUUGGCCACAAAGCUGAGUCACGAGAACAAGAAGCUGAAGUACCUGAGCCUCACAUCCCGGGUGUGCCUUGAUGACUUGCUUCCCAGUAUUUCAGAUUGUGGGGCCGCAGAGGAGGAGCCCCAAGAUACCAGCCCCGAUCCCUGCCUUCAGUAUCAGCAACAAGUCAAAGAUCUGCAGGAGACAGUAACACAGCUUCUAGAGGAAAAGAAACAACUUGCCGGUCAAGUGCAGGAAUUGCAGAGCAACAUUGAGGAAUUAACCACCAGGUUGGAGAAGGAACAAGUUGAGAUGACAGAACUUCAAAACUUGCUGGAGAAACAAACAAAAACAAUCAAAAGUUUCAACAGGGUUUCCGUGAUGGCAACCCAGGAGUACGAGGAUCUCAGACAACAGCUGGAGCUGGAGCAGAGCCUAAGGCAGAAGGCUGAAUCGUUUGCUCACGAGAUGUUAAUUAAGCAGAAGGAAGCAAACCGGCAGAGUGCGAUUCUCCUGCAGCAGGUCGAUCCCAGCAUACAGCUGUUCAAAGCAUUGGAGGAGGUCGCAGCCAUCACCAAGACCCUGGAAGAGGAAAGGCUGCAGCAUCACAAAGAGAUUCAAAAGCUAGAGUCUCACCUCGAUGAGUCAGCACUGCAGAAGGAACUGGGUACUCUACAGAGGCAACUGGAGAUGGUUGAGGAGGAGAGACGGGAGUCAGAGCAGCGAGUACAAGAGAUGGAGCAGAGGAACAGCGAGCUGGAGGAUCAAGUGAAAGAACUAAAGAAGAUCAAGUUUCAAGAGAUUGACCCAGCUCUGGCUGCAGCUCCACCCCCACCCCCUCCAACUCUCCCCCAUCUCCCACAAUCUCCUCCUCCACCCCCUCCUCCCCCACCACCUCCCCCUCCUCUUCCAUCCACACGCUGCAACCCAAUAAGUUCCCUCAUUGCUAUCGUGCGAAGAUCAUCCAAGAACUCCAAGGCACAACCAAAGCCGGAACCUAGCAACAACCAGACUGGGAUCGAUGACGUGAAAGUAAAAGCUGUGAAUGAAAUGAUGGAACGGAUAAAACACGGUGUCAUGUUACGGCCUGUGGCCCAGGUCUCGAAGAGGAAAGUUAGCAACAAGCCACCACCAGUGGAUGAGAAAACAGAGGAGAGUGCCAUGGAUGAGCUGAAGGGGAUCCUGGAUUCAAUGAAGAAAAGCCCCAGUCGAGGGUUUCCAGAUGCAAGUCAGAACAAGGCAGAGAAUGAGCUGGAGGUUGUUCUGAGACGGAGGAGGAAACAGACUUCAGAUUACAGUCCAAGAGAUGGAAAUGAAACAGAUACCAGUGAUGUCACUUCUUCCAAAUCUCUCAACCUGAAGGACAGCGAUGAAAGAAAAAGCAAUGAUCUGGAGUCCAGUCCUGUGCACCAGGCUGCUGCUGCAACAGGGGAGCAGAACAACAGCACCUCAGCAAGCCCAGAAGAAAUGAAGAGAAAAUGUUCAAUUAAACAAGAAAAUGUUCAAUCCCAGGGAAUCCUUAUUACCAUAAGCGGUCCACUAGAAACACCUGACCAAAGAACCACUCCCGCUCAGGUCCAGAACAAAUCCAAGCGUCAAAAUACAACUGAUGAAAGCAUUGAUGCAGAUUGUUAACAUCAGUCGGGGGGAGGAGAUGUCAAAACAUUUGCAGAUGUUGUUGAAAAUGAUAAUUUCUCCAAUGUGACCGUUAGCCAGAGAGUUCAAGUGAAAUUUCUGACAUGCAUAAGCUGGUGUGAUAGUACCCUGAGACCCUCGGGCUUGGGCACCCCAGCCUGCAUGAGAAAGUGGGACAGAGGCACCUUUUUCUCCACUCACCAGCCACACUUUUCACUUCCAUUGAAGCAGUGAAUGGGUGGGAAGUCAUGAGCUGGCAAGUGCAGAAGAGGAGUUCUUAUUGCUCUGUCUGAAGAUAGGACCCUUUCUCUUCCUUUGUAUUGCUCAUUGCUGAUAGAUUUGACAUCACUGCCUCACCUGAGAAAGUUUUUACAGAUGCAUUUAAAAAUCUAUACAAACUUGGGCCGCAAGUUGAACUUUCAGUUAUAUUGUUAUCUUCACUUGUUUUAUUAAUUUCUUCAUUUUUACUUUCUGUCAAAACCAUUUAAGAAGCAAGCAAUACAAAUGGAAACUAAUACAGAUUCAUUUUACUUGAUCAUCAAUUAAGCUUGUUCAAGAAUAGGGCUCAGAAUUGCCUCAUCGUAAUUGAGAAACAUUCGUACUUUUUGAUCCCUAUUCAAAUCUGAACCAAGAUCUCACUCCGUCUUCCUUAGAGCAGCAUUACAUAAUCAUUUUUUGCCUCAUUUCAGCACCUAUUGGUAAAAAAAAAUCAUCUUUUAAAAGUAGACCACAGUGAAACUUUAACAACCAGUGUACUAUCAGUGAGUGAUUAUCAACAUAAGAUGUAGGAUCAAACGUAGGCCGUUCAGUCCAUCUGCUCUGCCAUUCAAUGUGAUCGUGGUGAUAAUCCUCAACUCCACUUUCCUGCCUUAUUUCCAAAACUCUUGAUUUUCUUACUGAUUAGAAAUCUGUCAAUCUCAGAAUUAAACAGACUUAUGAUCUAGCUUC